CAUCCCUCCUCCUGCAGCAGGACAUCGAGGGAGCCUUCUCCCACGGACCCACAGGGGUCCUCAGUGAGUUUUGUCAUGGUUAUUUAAGGAACCUCGCCUAGAAGUCCCCACACGCAUUUCCCCAUCGACGGGAAGGCUCGGACUCCAAGAUGAUUAUAAAGGAAUAUCGGAUUCCUCUGCCCAUGACCGUGGAGGAGUACCGCAUCGCCCAGCUCUACAUGAUCCAGAAGAAGAGCCGGAACGAGACGUAUGGCGAAGGCAGCGGCGUGGAGAUCUUGGAGAACCGGCCGUACACGGACGGCCCUGGCGGCUCGGGGCAGUACACACACAAGGUGUACCACGUCGGCAUGCACAUCCCCAGCUGGUUCCGCUCCAUCCUCCCCAAGGCAGCCCUCAGGGUGGUCGAGGAGUCCUGGAACGCCUACCCCUACACCCGAACCAGGUUCACUUGCCCCUUUGUGGAGAAGUUCUCCAUCGACAUCGAAACCUUUUAUAAAACGGACGCUGGAGAAAACCCGAACGUGUUCAGCCUGUCUGCUGUGGAGAAGAACCAGCUGACGAUCGAUUUCAUCGACAUCGUCAAGGACCCCGUCCCCCCCAACGAGUAUAAGACGGAAGAGGACCCCAAGCUGUUCCACUCGAUCAAGACGCAGCGGGGGCCCCUCUCUGACAACUGGAUCGAGGAGUACAAGCAGCAGGUGUUCCCCAUCAUGUGUGCCUACAAGCUCUGCAAGGUGGAGUUCCGCUACUGGGGCAUGCAGUCCAAGAUCGAGAGGUUCAUCCACGACACCGGCCUGCGGAAGGUGAUGGUGAGGGCCCACAGGCAGGCCUGGUGCUGGCAGGAUGAGUGGUACGGGCUGAACAUGGAGAACAUCCGGGAGCUGGAGAAGGAGGCACAGCUCAUGCUGUCCCGCAAGAUGGCCCAGUUCAGCGAAGAUGGCGAGGAGGCUGCAGAGCUGGCCGAGGACGAGGCCGGCCAGGCCCAGCUGCCCGGGGACGCCCCCCAGCCCAGCAGUGGCAGCGGCGGGGAGCCCCUGGCGGGCCGGGGCCUCAAGAAACAGUGGUCCACGUCCUCCAAGUCCUCGCGGUCCUCCAAGCGGGGAGCCAGCCCCUCUCGCCACAGCAUCUCCGAGUGGAGAAUGCAGAGUAUUGCCCGGGACUCCGACGAGAGCUCAGACGAUGAGUAUUUCGACGCUCAUGAGGACCUGUCCGACUCAGAGGAAAUAUUCCCCAAGGACAUCACCAAGUGGAACUCCAACGACCUCAUGGACAAGAUCGAAAGCCCUGAGCCGGAGGAUUCACAGGAUGGUCUCUACCGCCAGAGCGCCCCUGAAUUCAGGGUGGCCUCCAGCGUGGAGCAGCUGAACAUCAUCGAGGACGAGGUCAGCCCACCCCUGGCUGCGCCGGCCUCCAAGAUCCACGUGCUGCUGCUGGUGCUGCACGGAGGCACUAUCCUGGACACGGGCGCUGGGGACCCCAGCUCCAAGCAGGGCGACGCCAACACCAUCGCCACCGUGUUUGACACGGUCAUGCGUGUGCACUACCCUAGUGCCCUGGGCCACCUUGCCAUCCGCCUGGUGCCCUGCCCGCCCAUCUGCUCAGAUGCCUUUGCCCUCGUCUCCAACCUUAGCCCCUACAGCCACGAUGAAGGCUGUCUGUCCAGUAGCCAGGACCACAUCCCCCUGGCUGCCCUGCCCCUGCUGGCCACCUCCUCACCCCAGUACCAGGACGCGAUCGCCGCAGUGAUCCAGCGGGCCAACCUUGCCUAUGGGGACUUCAUCAAGUCCCAGGAGGGCAUGACCUUCAACGGGCAGGUCUGCUUGAUUGGGGACUGCGUCGGGGGCAUCUUGGCGUUCGAUGCCUUGUGCCAGGGCAACCAGCCGGUGUCCGAGAGUCAGAGCAGCAGCCGCAGGGGCAGCGUGGCCAGCGUGCAGGACGCUGACCUGCUGUCCCCCGGCACCAUGGUCAAUGUGGCCCAGGGCGGCAGCGGCGGCCUGGAGAGCAGUCGGCACCUGAGCCGCAGCAACGUCGAUCUCCCCCGAAGCAAUGGUGUCGAAGACCCCAAGAGGCAGCUGCCCCGAAAGAGGAGCGACUCGUCCACCUACGAGCUGGACACCAUCCAGCAGCACCAGGCCUUCCUGUCCAGCCUCCAUGCCAGUGUGCUGAGGAACGAGCCCAGCUCCCGCCGUUCGAGCAGCUCCACCAUGCUGGACGGCACAGGGGCUGUGGGGAAGUUCGACUUUGAGAUUGCAGAUCUUUUCCUCUUCGGGUGCCCGCUGGGGCUCGUCCUGGCCUUGAGGAAGACCGUCAUCCCUGCCCUGGAUGUCUUCCAGCUGCGGCCAGCCUGCCAGCAAGUCUACAACCUCUUCCACCCUGCCGACCCGUCUGCCUCCCGCCUGGAGCCUCUGCUGGAGCGGAGAUUCCACGCCCUGCCCCCUUUCAGCAUCCCUCGCUACCAGCGCUACCCGCUGGGGGACGGCUGCUCCACGCUGCUGGCAGACGCACUCCAGACCCACAACACAGUCUUUCAAGAGCACGCGGCCCCCUCCUCACCAGGCGCAGCGCCCGCCACCCGAGGCUUGCGCCGAGCCAGUGAGAUCAGCAUCGCCAGCCAGGUGUCGGGCAUGGCCGAGAGCUACACAGCGUCCAGCAUUGCCCAGAAGGCCCCGGUGUCGCUCAGCCACACCCCCAGUGUCCGGCGCCUAUCGCAGCUCGCCCUGCCCCACCCACCCCCCACUACCCCGGGGUCCCCCCUACAGGCCGGGCAGGCGAGCCCCAGCCUGGAGCGGGCGCCCCGCCUCCCUGACUUGGACACCAGAGAAGUUGCAGCAAAGUGGUGGGGCCAGAAGCGGAUUGACUACGCCCUGUACUGCCCCGACGCGCUGACAGCCUUCCCCACGGUGGCUCUGCCGCACCUCUUCCAUGCCAGCUACUGGGAGUCAACGGACGUGGUCUCCUUCCUGCUGAGACAGGUCAUGCGGCACGACAAUUCGAGCAUCUUGGAGCUGGACGGCAAGGAGGUUUCGGUGUUCACCCCGUCGAAGCCAAGAGAGAAGUGGCAGCGCAAGAGGACCCAUGUGAAACUGCGGAACGUGACCGCCAACCACCGGAUCAAUGACGCAGUCGCCAACGAGGAUGGCCCGCAGGUUCUCACGGGCCGGUUCAUGUACGGGCCCCUGGACAUGGUCACUCUGACGGGGGAGAAGGUGGACGUGCACAUCAUGACGCAGCCGCCCUCGGGCGAGUGGCUGUACCUGGACACUCUGGUGACCAACAGCAGCGGGCGGGUGUCCUACACCAUUCCCGAGUCCCACCGCCUGGGAGUGGGCGUCUACCCCAUCAAGAUGGUGGUCAGGGGAGACCACACGUUUGCGGACAGCUACAUCACCGUGCUGCCCAAGGGCACGGAGUUCGUGGUCUUCAGUAUCGACGGCUCCUUUGCUGCCAGUGUGUCCAUCAUGGGCAGCGACCCCAAAGUGCGGGCCGGGGCCGUGGACGUGGUGCGGCACUGGCAGGACCUGGGCUACCUCAUCAUCUAUGUGACGGGCCGGCCUGACAUGCAGAAGCAGCGGGUGGUGGCGUGGCUGGCCCAACACAACUUCCCCCAUGGCGUGGUGUCCUUCUGCGACGGUCUGGUGCACGACCCGCUGCGGCACAAGGCCAACUUCCUGAAGCUGCUUAUCUCCGAGCUGCACCUGCGCGUGCACGCGGCCUACGGCUCCACCAAGGACGUGGCGGUCUACAGCUCCAUCAGCCUGUCCCCCAUGCAGAUCUACAUCGUGGGCCGGCCCACCAAGAAGCUGCAGCAGCAGUGCCAGUUCAUCACGGAUGGCUACGCGGCUCACCUGGCCCAGCUCAAGUACAACCACCGGGCGCGGCCGGCCCGCAACGCCGCCACCCGCAUGGCGCUGCGGAAGGGCAGCUUCGGCCUGCCGGGCCAGGGCGACUUCCUGCGCUCCCGGAACCACCUGCUCCGCACCAUCUCGGCCCAGCCCAGCGGGCCCGGCCACCGGCACGAUCGGACGCAGAGCCAGGCGGACGGCGAGCAGCGGGGCCAGCGCAGCAUGAGCGUGGCGGCAGGCUGCUGGGGCCGCACCAUGGCCGGCCGGCCGGAGCCCGGGGCUGCCGCGGGCCCCAAGUAGGACCCCGUGGGUGAGGCGCUGUGGUCUCCAUGGUGCUAGGCCAGGGCGGCCAGCCCCGCCAGGAGGCCUGAUGGGCACACAGUGUCGGCUGGAGACAAGCUUGUCCCAGGGCCUGGCGGAGGACGUAGGCCGUGCCACACAGCCCUCCCAGCCCUGCCUCGUCCUAGGGUCUGAGGAGUUCCAGCUUGCAGGAAGACCUGUCCCAGGAUGACAGAGGGACCAGGACUCCCCACGUGGACUGGCCCGGAAAACACGCCUAGACACUCAUCCUGCAUUGACCUCCCAGCAUCCCGACGCCAGGCCUGAGCCCGGGCCCAGCCCGCCACCUCCCAUCCACUAGCUCACCCUGACACCCAGGUCCCCUCCCACUCGGUCACAGCUCCAGCGGGGGACAGCCUGCUUCUUGUUAACUCGAGUUACUCAACUGUUCAACCUCACUGGUUUUGCACUGAUUUUUGAGAGUGGAGACCCGUUCCCAUCUCCUGUGGCUACAGACAUGCAUGAAAAGCCGACCUUCGCCCGUCUGGGACCUGCUGCCAGGGAGGCAAACGCUUGCGCAAGAGGAGAGAAAGGCCGCGUCUUCACUUCUGCAGCUCCGCCUGGCCCGCCAGCGCUGUGGCAGCCCCCGACCCCCGCUGCCCGUCCACCUGCCCCACCUGGAACCCAGUGCGGCUGCGAGGCUGCUGAGGCCCAGAGCCGGCUCCCCGGAAGCCACGCCUUGGGCUCCUGGGCCCGGCCGGACCAGCCUCCUCUUCCACACCUCGCCUGCCGCCGGUCAAGGCCACGGCCUUGCUCUCCUGCGUUUCUACACCUUUCUACUUCUCCAAUCUGAUUUCUAUGAGGUUUUUUUAAACGAGCAAUCCUUGGCUGCUUCCUUUUCUUAACUCUUUCAGUACCAAACGCAGCCCCUCCACCUGAGAACACCCAGCACUGUGACGGAGUCCAGCCUGGUUCUGGGUCCCGGGGCCCUGGCCCCCUGCCCACGCAGCAGGGCAUGGGGUCCCCGCCUCACCCAACCCCCAUUAAUUCCACUGAAUUUCUACUCUGGGGUGAGUGGGGCAACACUUAGGUUUUUUUAAUGCCAAUUCCGUUUUGACGCCGAAUUUCAGAAGCCACAACUUGCUUCAUUAGCUUAAGGGCAGGCAGCCACGACGCCAUCCCCACCUGGUAAGGACCGCGCUGUCCUGCAGGCCCGGCCGAGCAUCAGCCCUUCCUCCCCAGAAGCGACCGCGAUCUCCGCCGUGGCGCUCGGCCCCGGGCAGCCCUUCUGCGGCUCCUCCACCUUCUCUGUAAGGCGCGGGGGGCCUGGCCAGGCCCCGACUGAGAAGCUGCUGCCAACCUGGACACGGCCUCGGCCUCACGGGCUGGGGCGGGGAGGCCCACGGAUGGAUGUUGACAUUCUCCCGUGUGUAGAUAUGUACAGCCAAAGGGUCAUGUAGAUGUUCCGCGAAAGUGGGUCUACACAGAGUGAAAGCUAUUUAUUUUGUGCCGAGAGAAACUUCCGGAGGGUUAGGACCUUCAGGGUUUGUUCAUAUUUAAGAUGUAGCUUUUUGUUUUUGUUCCAGGCGUUAUGUAUAAAGCGACGGUUAUUUUAUGGACCAAGUUUUAAUGUAAGUGUUGCCAUGGAAGUACAAUACCCGACCCCCGUGCCCCCGGCGGGAAACCGCUCGGCCCGACAAUCACAGCCCGGCGAGGGGCCCCUGCGGCCAGUGCCUCCUCCUCUGUCGGUCCCACCUCGCCCCAUCUUGCCUACCGCCUCGGGGACCAGCCAUCCGGAGAAGCACCUGGAAGAGUCUCGGGCCCGCCUGCAAUAAAGGCUGGGAGGCCUCCUGGCCCGGGGAGGCCGCGAGGGCAGUGGGCUCGGCCUCUCCCAGCCGGCAGCUGCCUCAAGCUCCGCGCUCUCCGCCCGCCUGCCCAGCUGCCCGCCAUGCCAAGGACAACAGCAAUAGUCCCCUGGGCCUCUCCCAGCGGCUCUCAGCCAUAGAUGGUGAGAUGGGCAGCCCACCCUCCCCACUGACGUCUCUCUUCUAUAUCCAGGUCUGCUUCCUGCCUCCCUUAAGAUUCCUUUUGGCACAUUCUCUUCUUAGGGAAGCACCAGUUUUUCAGAAACUAAGAGAGGGAGGGCAGAGUCCCUUAAAAAUACCAAAAAUGUUUACAGUGUUGGGUGCUGAGCUGCAGGGCUCAGGCCUGACCAGUCGUAACCAAAGGGUGAGGCAGGCCUUGCUGACUGCCACCCCCACCCCAGGCCUGUUGGAGGAGAAGCCUUAGUCCCACUCCCAACCCCAGCCCCAGGACUGAGCCUCAGCCCACCACCCCACAUCCAAGCACCUGCCUUCUCUUUGAUUUCUAAAGACGGAUUCAGCAGAGACCCCACGCCCAAGGUUCCCAGCUCCGUCUGAGCUGCCCGCCCGCCCGCCCCGUCGCCGUCGUCUCGUUUCGGCCCCUCCCGUCUCUGUCUGGGCCAUGUGUGAGCAGCGUCCUGACUCGCCCCAUCCGCCCUUGCUACCCCCGCACCUUCGGGCCUCAGUGUGCUCUGUAUAGUGUCAUUGUCUAUUACACCGAUUAAAGAAGCAGGAAGGCUUCCUUCUGGGUCUCUUUACUGCACCAGCAAACACAGAACACCGGCUGGGGAUGAGGGUCCAAGACGGGGGCACAGCCUGUGCUGGAGCUAAAGCUGCAGCAGCGAGAGUACAUCUUUCCCAGUAAACAACACCCACUACACUUGCCUUCAUACAGACAGGCUCACACAAGCCUUCCCCUGCCCUGGGCCUCCUUCCAGCCCCUUCCUAGACACAAACUCCCGUUCAUCCUCACAGCAACCCAGUGAGGUGGGUGCGGAAAGCCUCUCUGCUUCACAGAGGCCGCAGCUUGUCACCUGGGCCAGGAGCCUCGCCCCGGCCGCCCGGCCCCAGCACCAGCACCCUGAACAGGCGGCAUCUGCAAGAUAAAGGGCACAGGACGCAGUGUGCCCCCCAGUCAGGGCAUCGGGCUCAAGAGCCAAGUCUGGGUUUAGGAUGCAGCUGGGGUGAGUGCAGCGUCUGGUCGAGGCAGGCUGAUCCGGGGACGAGCAGGGCAAAGGUGGUCGGCGCAAGGGCACAUCCCACCUUUUCCCAAAAACCCCUGG